CACGGCCUCGCUGAAGGUACUGGGAAUUCUCAGCUACUAGUUAUCCUUGGCCAAAUUAAGUAGGAUUACUCAAACGCCCAGGCCUGCGUGACCAUCUCUGAAUCACCGUAUUCUCAACAUACAUUUAGGACAUGCUCUCUGUAAAAGAUUUUGCAACCUGCUUGUUAAGCAAACAAGGCCCGUGGUGUUGCGGCCAGGCCCGACCGGCGAUGAUGUUCAGACGCUCCUCUGCACGACCUCGGACUUCCAUCCGCUGCUUGGUGCAAAUUCACACAAUGGGUUCAAGCUGGGCGAACGCCUUAAGCUCGACUGGAUGAGUCGCUGUUAUAUAGGUUGCGGUUUCAAAUGGUUGGAGUGCAUGCGGCGCUCCGUGCGGCCCUCUACGACGCCUGGAGUGCCUCGGUCUAUGUAUCACUCGGCAACGCCAUUCUGCGCCUCGUGGAGAGCCAGGUUGUGCACGUGGCCGGCAACGCAAGCGCUGGCGAAUCAGCAGAUGGUACUGGCGAUGUCGCUCGCCUGGAGUGCCGCUUCCAAACGCAGCUUGCGAGCGACAACGCAGGGAGGCUGUUCUUCAUAGACUCCGCAUUGCGCAUCCGCAAGGUGCAGCUGCCGGCAGCGUGGCGCGCAGGCGGCACGCAGUGGGGGAAGGCGUGGGUCAGAACGCUGCGGCUGACGGCGCCCGGCGAGAUUUACAGCCUGGCAUACGUGCCGCCGUCGCCGCAGCCGGAGCGGCCAGAGCAGGCGGCGGCGGCGGCAAAUGGCGCGAGCACCAGCGCGGGGGAUGCUGUGGCUGGACGCGUUGGCGGCGGCGGCAAAUGGCGCGAGCACCAGCGGGGGGGGUCUGUGGCUGGACGCGGCGGCGGCGGCGGCAUGCUGGUGUACGGCACCGAGACAGCCCUUUACAAGCUGCCGCUUGCUGGCACCGGCGCCACAGGGCGCCUGCAGCCGCAGCUGCUGGCGGGGCAAGAGGGCACCCACGCCUGCGCCGACGGCAGUGGCGCACAAGCCAGGUUUAACAAGAUCUAGGGAAUCACGAUGGAUGCCACUGGCCUCAUCUACCUGCUUGACAACGA